GUCCUCAAAGUUUUCCGAGCGGUGGCCACUGGCGACUGCAGCCGCACCGGGCAGAAAGGAAAGGAAGCCGGCCGGCCGGAGGGAGCGCACCCCUGCGCAGCGGAGGAGGGGGCCGCGUGGGCCCAGCCCAGGUUCCCGGCGCAAGGCUGUGGCCACAACCCGGAAUUCUCUCUGCCUUACUUGGAACUGACUAACUCAACAGGCUGCAGGGCUUUGCCUUGUAGGAGGAAGAUUGUGGCUGAGGCUGAAAAAAAAAAAAAAAGAAGAAAGGAAAAUGCUUCCAAGUUCCCUGCCCUGUAGCUAAGGCAGGAAUUCUGCCGCUCGCCAGAGACUCGCAAGCUGUGCCAACCUUGGCUGAGCCAACCCGGUGAUGUGGACCCUGCUCCUCCACGUGGGGACUGGAGUUUGGAAAUAAAAUGGAUGAUUUGACCUUGCUUGAUCUGCUGGAGUGCCCUGUGUGCUUUGAGAAGCUCGAUGUCACGGCCAAGGUUCUUCCUUGCCAGCACACCUUCUGUAAACCAUGUCUGCAGAGGAUUUUCAAGGCGCACAAGGAGCUGCGGUGCCCCGAAUGCAGGACCCUGGUGCUGUGCAGCAUCGAGGCGCUGCCGGCCAACCUGCUGCUCGUGCGUCUUCUGGAUAGCGUGCGCUCGGGGCAGAGCUUCGGGAGAAGGGGCUCCAUCCGCAGGCCCGGCACGCUGACCCUACAGGACAGCAGGAAAGGCAGGACCAAUGCCAGAAGUCUGCAGGCUAGCCCUUUCCACCUGGUGCCCAGUGUCAGAAUCCACAUGGAUGGGGUGCCUCGAGCCAAGGCCUUAUGCAGCUACAGAGGCCAGAGUGCUGGUGACCUGAGCUUUAACAAGGGAGACGUCAUCCUCCUCCGGAGACAGCUGGAUGAGAAUUGGUACCAGGGGGAGAUCAAUGGAGUCAGUGGGAUCUUCCCAGCCAGCUCUGUGGAAGUCAUCAAGCACCUGCCCCAGCCGCCCCCCCUCUGCAGGGCCCUCUACAACUUUGAUCUACGAAACAAGGACAAGGGUGAAAACCAGGAUUGCUUGACCUUCCUCAAGGAUGACAUCAUCACCGUGAUAAGCCGAGUGGAUGAGAACUGGGCAGAAGGCAAGUUAGGAGAUAAAGUAGGCAUCUUCCCUAUCUUGUUUGUGGAGCCAAACCUCACGGCAAGGCACCUGCUAGAGAAGAACAAAGGCCGCCAGUCAUCGCACAACAAAAGCCUAUCCCUGAUGUCCUCACCCUCCAGAGGCAAAGCCACCAGCACGCCCACCCUCCGUAGGGGCCCAGGGUCCAGGAGGAAGGGGCCCGGGCAGUUCUCCAUCACAACAGCCCUGAACACCCUCAACCAGAUGGUACAUUCUCCUCCCGGGCGCCACAGGGUGGAGAUCAGCACUCCAGUGCUCAUCAGCUCCAGCAACCCCUCUGUGAUCAGCCAGCACGUGGAGAAGGUGGACUUCACCCCCAGCUCUCCGGGACAGGUCAGCACUUACCACUCGGCACCUGCCUCCCCGGGGCACCCCACAGCCAUGGUCAGUCUGCCCGGCUCCCAGCAACACCUCUCAGCCAACAUGUUUGUAGCCAUGCACUCCUACUCAGCCCACGGACCCGAUGAGCUGGACCUGCAGAAGGGAGAAGGUGUCAGGGUCAUGGGGAAGCCCCAGGACGGCUGGCUCAGGGGCAUCUCCUUGGUCACUGGCCGAGUGGGCAUCUUCCCCCAUCAUUAUGUCAUCCCUAUCUUCAGCAAGAACUCUAGUUUCCCCGAUUCCCGGAAUCCUGGUCUCUACACCACAUGGACGUUAUCCACCUCCUCUGUGCCCUCACAAGGCAGCCUAUCAGAAGGUGACCCCCGGCAAAGCCGUCCCUUCAAAUCUGUCUUUGUGCCCACUGCCGUAGUCAACCCUGUGAGGAGCACAGCCGGCCCCGGGACUUCAGGACAAGGGUCUCUUCGGAAAGGGCGGAGCAGCAUGAGAAAGAAUGGAUCCUUGCAGAGACCCGUUCCAUCUGGGAUCCCCACCCUUGUGGUGGGCUCCCUCAGGCGUAGCCCCACCGUGGUGCUACAGCCUCAGCAGUUCCAGUUCUACCAGCCACAGGGGACCCCCUCGUCCCCCUCAGCGGUGCUGGAGGUGGGUCCCAAACCUGCUCCUAUGGGAGAGCCAGCCCUCACCUGUAUGAGCAAGAGCAGCGACUCCAGGGUGCACUCGGCCGCCAGCUCUCUCACCAUGGAAGGCAAGGAAAUCCCCAUCAAGAGUGAGCCUCUGCCAAAACCGCCUGCCUCUGCUCCACCAUCCAUCCUGGUGAAACCCGAAAACUCAAGAAAUGGCAUUGAAAAGCAAGUCAAAACCGUCAGAUUUCAGAAUUACAGCCCUCCUCCCACAAAACAUUACACCUCCCAACCCACCUCCGGCAAGCCUGAACAGCCAGCCACCGUCAAGGGGCCCCAACUGGAAGCAGCCUCCGCAGGCCCAGAAAUGACCGUCCUGUUCGCCCACCGAAGCGGCUGCCACUCAGGACAACAAACAGACCUCCGGAGAAAGUCACCGUUUGGCAAGGCCACAGCCGCGGUGUCCACUUCCUCAGCCACGCAGACCACGUUUCCCAGCAAAUGAAUCUACACGUGGCUUUUCCUAGACCCCAAAGAGAGCCUGCCUUGGCAAUCUUCUCAGGAGCAAGCUCCAGCUGGGAUGUGAAGAGAACAGUCUGCCUGGAUGGAAAAUGUGCAAUGGAGAGUUUGUGGACCACGCAGUAUUCCUUGACCAUCAGGAGCAGGACAGGAAUACCUAUAGUCUGGCCUCCAAGACAAGAGGAAAAUAGAAGAAGGAGAAGCACCCAUCUUCACCUGCAGUAUUAAUGGCUAAUGGGCCAGGAUGAAGAAGUGAGUCGUGCGCUGUUGCAGGUUACACCAGACUCCCACCCCAAAGCCAAUGUGAUUUUGCCAGCUUCUCAUAGCUUGGAGGCUAACUAACAAAUGAAAAGACCACACAUCAAAUGCUCUCCAGCUCUGUGUCUGGCCUGCCUCUCCAGCUCAGAUUUAGAAUAAUGCAUGAGAUGACACCAUAUUCUUCUCUCAGAUGUUCCAUCAGAGAGGCCAAUGCGUCCUGACAAUGUCCCCUAGCCUUCAUCCCACCCUGGGUUCCCCACUGAGCAUCCAGCACCCCUCCAGCGCAUCCUCAUUCUCUUCCAUGGCCAUUCCCUUGUGUCUUUCCCUCUGAUCCCUUCUCAUCAAGAGGAUUUCUAUUGGAACACCCUGAUCAAGGAAAUAAGGUACAUAAAAAAAUGUCAGGAAAGAAAUAUCCAUGAUGUUAUGAGAGAUACCACAGACCACAAUGCUGACAAAGAGGCUAUUUGAAGUAGAAAGAUGUAAAAAUCAGUUAUAACUGCAUCCAUUUAUGUUUAUAAAUAAAUCAUCACAAAGAACAAGCCAUUAGAAGACAUUCUGCUUCAGGUUGAAAAAAAAGAAACUGUGAUCUAAACUGAAUUUUUAAAUUAUCUGUGCUAUCCUGAGAGAACCACUGUACAGAUAAGUAAAAGUCACAAAUACCCUAAGCCCUUUUUGAAAUUUUUGCUAUUUUACAUACGUGGCAAAGAGAUGAAAAGAGAGACAGACACAGAUACAGAGAGCUCCCUUACACUGUUUUACUCCCCAGUGCUCCAGUCAGUCGGGGACGAAGCCCGGAAGCAGAGCGCCAAGCUAGGGCUCCCACGUGGAUGGCUAAUACUCAACGACUUGAGCUUCACCACUCCCGCCAAGGGCUGCAUUCGAGGGAAGCUGAAGUCAGGAGCCGGACCAGAAACUGAACCCAUUCUGACAUGGGAUGCAAGUAUCCUAGCCAACGUCUUAAUCACAAGGCCAAACAUCUGCCCCCCUAAACUUUUCGAACCAUACAUUUUCAUCUUCUCCUCUAUCUUGAAACACUAAUAAGAAUUUUGAUCUUAGGCUGCCCUGAUUACCAUCUCUGAAAAAUGUUGUUUUCAAGUUCAGGAUCCUGAUUUUGCAUCAAAGCAUUUUUAGUCUUUCAUGCAAUACUUCUCAUAAACAAGAACAAUCAUCAACCAAACCGUGCUGCAUUUCGCGAUUACAGAGACAUUUCUUCUAAGUGAAGCCAUCACACACAGGACUUACACUGGCUGGCACCCAUCUUUUAGCAGAAUAAAGAACUUGGACAUCUUAAUCAUAUGCCUCUUUUAUUUACCCACAGGAGAAAGUGAUAAAAAGCAGCAAGAAGCCCAAAAGUAUAAUGCUUUACCUUCCAAGUGGUGAGUGAGAGGAGGUGGAACUGAACUACAGAAUGGGUAAUUUGAUGAUGACACCUCCUUCUCAUGUAGGGUCAAAGAUGGUGCUGUCAAUUGUCAGUCCUAUCUUUUUUCUGAACUACUGUCACUAAAUGUUGUUUUUGUUUCCUAUGGGAUGAAUUCAGAUUGGCUUCUAGUUAGCCUUAGCAACAGUGAAUAUAGAGAUUCUGCCUUCUAAUUCUGGAAUCUACUUGUCACUACCAUGAGGCCUUACAGACCACCUUUAAGUUGGUUUCAGGGAUUUCCUUUUCCAGGAAGAAAUUUCAAUGUUAUAGAUGAUGUGGGGAAGAGUUAGGUAUAUGCAGGCUAGCUAUAUAAAAGCUAGGGGAGCAAUGUAACCUUUAGUCCCCAGAAACCAUUGGCCAUUGGCUAUUUGCAGCCUUGUUUUUUAUCAAAUUUUUUUAAAGAUUGAUUUAUUUAUUUGAGAGGCAGAGUUGUGGGUGGGGGACAAAAAGAGAGAUCUUCCAUCUGCUGGUUUUCUCCUCAGAUGGCCACAAUGGCGAAGGCUGGGCCAAGUCAAAACCAGCAGCUUGGAACUCCAUCCAGAUCUCUCACGUGAGCAGCAAUGGUCCAAAUACUUGUGCCAUCUUCCCCUGAUUUCCCAGGCACAUUAGCAGACAGCUGGAUCAGAAGUGCAGCAGCUAGGGCCCAAGCAAGCAUUCACAUGGGAUGCUGGUGUCAUAGGCACCGGCUUAACCCACUGUACCACAAUGCUGACCACUGGAGCCUUGGCUUGAAGCCCUCUUGCUGACAUUUCCGUCUUCAUCCAUUGGCUUCCCUCUCUCACAAUUGGAGUAAGAGGAAGCUACCACUCCUAAUUUUUACUAAUGCUGUUUUUUAAGUCUCUGCAAACUUCCCAUGACAUACAGUGGAGGGUUUCACAGGGAUUGAGCUCUCCCUUUGAAUCCACUUACCCAAAAUAAACCAAAUACUUCAUAAAGCACAAAAGCAUCUGAUCUGUUCACUGCUAAACCCAGAAGCUUUAGAAAAGCUCCCAUUUUCUACAGGCUUCUUCCCUGGCUGUUCAGUUCUAUCAUACAGAUUCCAAAUGGUCAGGGGUCAAAAAAUCAGGGGAGAGAGGAGAUGCAGAGAUGCAAGGAUGAGAUAAAAAGAUUUCAAUGAGUUAGGCCAAGAAAUUUGCCUUAGAAUCGUUUGCUGAACAUGAAGUCUGAGUUUCAUCUCCUGGGAUUGUUGCUUCUUACUGUUCAGUUGAGCAGAGGUGGUUUAGGGGGCAAAACAGGAAGGAAAAAAUAAACAGAGAAAAGUUUCUGCCUCCAUAGAAGUAUAAUCAGAACUAUAGACACUUGUAUCUCUGCUUAUUUUCUUAAAAGUACAGUGUUUUUACUAGACCAAAAGAGAAUCUUUAUGUGUUAAUGUGUAAAUGAAUAGUGUUUAUAAAAGGAUAUGUUAUUCAUUAUGGAUGAUUGUAUAAUGAACCUUAGGUAUAUAAAAUAUAUAUACACAUACAAGUUAUUGCCUAAGAAAGCAGACAUUUAAGGACUUCCAAACUUGUUAUCUUUGUUCCAAAAAAUAGAGAGUUCCAAGGCUGGCAGGUUAUUAGUAUAUUUUCACCCUAAAGCUAAGGGUUGUGGCAGGGGGUGUUGUUUGUUUUCUGGUCUGGUAACUUAUUACAAUCAGUAUGGAUGACUCCGAAAUGACUAUUGCAUGAGUGUUGGUAGGUUUCAUCCACAUGGAGUCAGCAGAGAUCCUUGCCACAUUUUGCAUCCUACAAAACCAAAAUGAAUUUUCUAGUAAGAAUAAAAACACACAAAAUAUGUCUUCCCUGUUGUAUACCACUCAAAGCUUUCCAUAAACCUUGUUUAAUGUGAUGUUUAAUAUCAGCAUUGUUAUCUCUUACUUAAAUAUCUAGUAUUGGACUGUGUUUCCUGCACUUGACAUGUUCAUCCAGGAAAGCACAUGUCAAGACCCCAAGCCACUUCCUACCAAGUGUUCAAAGAACUACCCUCAGAUUGGUUCUGUCUUAUGUUCUGUGAUUCUGUAGUAGACUCAAUGCUUUCACAACCCAAAGAUGCCCUUAUUUGGGUUUGUGGCCCUAAUGAAGUGCUGAGUUUGCUCUUGACCACCCAGCUGAUCAGAAGAAGCAAAGGGGGAAGAGGGUUUCCCCACUGGAGAGGGUCAUCCACACCUUGGACAUCUACCAAGAAGAGCAGUGCACCAGCAACCAGUGUAUGCAAUACCAUCGCUCUUCACGCGGGGCACCUGAGGAGAGGCCUACCACCUAAAUAGGCAGAGAUUGGCUGGGACUUCCCCGCCAGAAAUGUGUAUUGUUCCCAGCCGUGGGUUUGUGAAGCCCCAUAGGUUUUAGCAUGAAACAAUAAAAAGGUUUAUUUUCAUUUAA